AACGAAGACAAAUUAGACAGGCUUAUCUGAUGGGGUAUAUCUCUCUAUAAGGGCUGCCGAUAGAAGUGUGGAUAGAGCGUGGCAGCUCUGACCAAUCAGAGCGUUAGGGAUACUUUCAUUGUCACAUUUUGUCAAACAGUUGGUGUCCAUUCGGAUCCCUGUGACAGCCAUGGCUGCAACUUCGAGUUUGGCCUCAGCAUUUGCAGGCACCAGCGACUUCGCCUUUGCAGGCCAUGGCCAGUUGUUGAAGCACAGAUUGAACAGGAAAGGAGAGAUUGCUUGUGUCAAUCCAAGGGCUGCAAAUGCCAAAGCACAGCCAGAAGAUGCUCAAUUCCAGUCGGAGCCGCCAUUUAAUCUCAGCAGCUCCAAGGCCGCUAGCCUUGCCGCUCUGGAGCAGCUCAAGACCUCGUCUGCUGACAGGUACACAAAGGAGAGAAGCAGCCUUUUAGCAAUAGGGCUGAGCGUCCAUACAGCACCUGUAGAAAUGCGUGAAAAGCUGGCUAUCCCUGAAGCAGAAUGGCCACGUGCAAUUGAGGAGCUCUGUGCCUUGAAUCAUAUUGAAGAGGCAGCAGUUCUCAGCACAUGCAAUAGGAUGGAAAUUUAUGUUGUAGCAUUGUCUUGGCAUAGGGGAAUUCGAGAGGUGACUGAAUGGAUGUCCAAGGCAAGUGGAAUUCCUCUUGGAGAUCUUCGGCAGCAUCUCUUCAUGUUGCGAGACCAUGAUGCAUCACAACACUUAUUCCAAGUUUCCUCUGGUCUAGACUCUCUGGUGCUUGGGGAAGGUCAAAUCCUUGCACAAGUGAAGCAAGUGCACAAGGUAGGUCAGGGAGUGGUGGGAUUUGGGAGAAAUAUUGGUGGUCUCUUCAAGCAUGCAAUCACAGCAGGAAAGCGAGUCCGAUCGGAAACUAGUAUUGCUGCAGGUGCUGUAUCAGUGAGUUCUGCUGCUGUUGAGCUUGCAGUUAUGAAGCUCCCAAAGGAUGGCAUUUUUUCUGCCAGAAUGUUAGUUAUUGGGGCAGGCAAAAUGGGGAAGCUUGUGAUAAAGCAUUUGAUUGCAAAAGGGAGCAAGAGAAUUGUUGUAGUCAACAGAUCUGAGGAAAGAGUUUCGCUUUUACAGGAAGAAUUAACUGGGGCAGAACUUAUCUAUCAGCCACUUACUGAGAUGCUUAGUAAUGCUGCUGAGGCAGAUGUGGUAUUCACAAGUACAGCAUCAGAAACACCAUUGUUUUUGAAAGAGCAUGUAGAAAAUCUUCCUCCUGUGGCUUCAAAUGUGGGAGGGAUUAGACUUUUCAUAGAUAUCUCUGUACCUAGGAAUGUGGGUCCAUGUGUUUCAGAAGUGAAUUUGGCCCGAGUCUAUAAUGUUGAUGAUCUCAAAGAAGUUGUCGAAGCAAACAAAGAGGUGAGGCAGAAGAAGGCUCUGGAAGCUCAAAUGAUUAUUGAUGAGGAAUUGAGGCAGUUUGAUGCAUGGAGAGAUUCUUUGGAGACGGUACCUACUAUAAAGAAGUUGAGAGCAUAUGCUGAGAGGAUAAGGAUGGCCGAGCUAGAAAAAUGCUUAUCAAAAUUGGGAGAUGAUGUAUCCAAGAAAAAUAGGAAGCUUGUCGACGAUCUAAGCAGGGGCAUUGUCAACAAAUUGCUUCAUGGGCCUAUGCAGCAUCUGAGGUGUGAUGGCAGUGACAGUCGAACAUUGAGUGAAACUCUGGAAAAUAUGCAUGCUCUUGAGCGAAUGUUUAACCUAGAAACAGAAAUCUCUGUAUUAGAGCAGAAAAUCAGGGCUAAGGUUGAACAAACACAGAAAUAAGUACUUCAUUUUUUUUGCAUGACAUGAUUCUUACAGCUAUUCAAUGACAGCGAUUUCAGUAUUUAGUUUCCAAGAAUUCGCUAAUGAAGUGUACAACAGAGUUGAUUUUAGUCAUAGGGUUGAAGGCUAAUAAGAAGCAUGACGCCUCACUGUUUUCUGUCAUGCUGCCGAUUCUGUUUCAAGCCUUUGGUGGUAUUGAUAGCAAGCAAUUAACAAUUGCUGUCUGUGACUUCAAUUCAUUUGAUUAAUCCUACGUAGCCUAUGUUUGUAAGGACAAGACUGGUUAUUGUACUGGAUGUCCUUCACUUGUAAGAAACACACUAUGGUAUUAAAAUCUAUUUAUAAUCAUUCAGAAA